UGCUGCUUUUAGUCAAGAGGUCAGUCCUCUUUUCUGCAGCGCCGCACUAAUUGCUCGUCCGCCGUCCGAGAUCGGUCCUCCCCAAAAUUCCACUCCUCAGCCUGAAAUCCUUCACCUGAUUGCAUCCCCAUCCCGCCAUCCUUCCCGUCCCAUCUAAUCACUCGACCCUCGCACGCACACUUUUAAUUUCAGCCGAUCUCGCCUUUCCUCGUCCAUUUUUUCCGAUCCACUCAUCACCUCCCAUAAUGGCCUCCAUCGUCUCGCGCAUCGCGUCUCGGUCGAGAUCACACGCCGCCAGGGCCGCGCUUAGCGCGUUCAACCUGCAGUCGACUCGAAACGUCACUUACAUGCCCAAGCCCGGCGAGGGCGCGACGCGCACUGUUACGCUGCUUCCUGGGGACGGAGCCGGGCCGCUGUGCACUAACGCGGUGGAGCAGGUGUUUAAAGCCAUGCACGCGCCGGUGGUUUUCGAGACGUACGAGCUCAAGGGUACCAUGCCCACCGUACCGACCGAAGUCAUUGAUUCCCUCCGGCGAAACAAGGUGGGGAUCAAGGGAGGCGUGCGAACGGCUGUGGCGGGCGGGGUGAGCUCGCUGACGGUGCAGCUGCGAAAGGAGUUCGAUCUGUUCGCGCAUCUCGCCUACUGCAGUAACUUCCCGGGGCUCAAGACGCGCCACGACAACGUGAACAUCGUCGUGAUCCGCGAGAACACGGAGGGCGAGUACAGCGGCCUGGAGCACGAAGUCACUCCGGGGGUCGUCGAGAGCCUCAAGGUGAUCACCAAGUUCUGCUCGGAGCGGAUUGCCAAGUACGCGUUCGAGUACGCGUACCUGAACAACCGCAAGACGGUGACAGCAGUGCACAAGGCCAACAUCAUGAAGCUCGCCGACGGCCAGUUCCUCGAGUCCUGCCGCGAGGUGGCCAAGCAGUACCCGCAGAUCAACUACAACGAGGUUAUUAUUGACAACUGCUGCAUGCAGCUCGUCUCCAAGCCCGAGCAGUUCGACGUCAUGGUCACACCAAAUCUCUAUGGCACACUGAUAUCAAACACUGCUGCAGGCAUCGCUGGCGGCACCACUGUCAUGCCUGGAGGAAAUGUGGGCUAUGAGCAUGCUAUCUUCGAGCAAGGGGCAUCAGCAGGCAAUGUGGGGAACGACAUCAUCAAUGCCCAGAAAAAGGCAAAUCCAACGGCUCUCCUUCUCUCAUCCGCCAUGAUGCUCCGGCAUCUUCAGUUCCCGUCGUUUGCCGACCGUCUGGAGCAUGCCAUUUACGGCGUCAUUGCUGAGGGGUUUGUGCGUCCUCCUGCGAUGGGUGGGGAGUCGACCACUCAAGAAUAUGUCGAUGCGAUUAUUGCCAAGCUAGAUUGAAAACUUCUGGAUACAUUCUUGAUAUGUGGACCUACUGGUUUAUUGAAUAUUUUGUUUUGAAUGUAUUUUUACCAACAAAUGUGCAGAUGUUCUGCUUGUUGUAAGGGCUUAAUGGUACAUAUCUUUGGCG